GGGGCCGGGCCGCGGCCGCGCUGCAGCCUCCCGGCCGCGCUCCGCUUCGCGGCAAGGUUUUGCCCCUCCGCAGGUCGAGGCGACCCCCGUGCGCGGCCCCGCAGCGCGGCCCCGAGCGCCCGGUGGCUCCGCGAAACUUGCCAUUUCCCACCGCAUCCUGACAAAAAAUAGUCGCUGGCCAGGCUGAGCACCCGGAAUAAAUCAGCACCGGUCGGAAGCGUCCUCAGGAGAGUAAGCGGUGAUCCAGCGGUUGAAUGGCAACUGCAGCAAGUUCUGUAAGCUGAGGGCAAAGCAAUAGUUCUGUGAUUCGAUCAAAUUCCCCAACAACAACAUCUCAGAUUAUGGCCAGAAAGAAAAGGAGAGGGAUUAUAGAGAAAAGGCGCCGUGAUCGUAUAAAUAACAGUUUAUCUGAGCUGAGGAGGCUUGUGCCAACUGCUUUUGAAAAACAAGGAUCUGCCAAAUUAGAAAAAGCGGAAAUAUUGCAAAUGACAGUGGAUCAUCUGAAGAUGCUUCAGGCGACUGGAGGUAAAGGUUAUUUUGACGCUCAUUCGCUGGCCAUGGAUUUCAUGAGCAUCGGUUUCCGGGAGUGCUUGACCGAAGUAGCGAGGUACCUGACCUCGGUGGAAGGCCUCGACACGUCCGACCCACUGCGUGUGAGGCUCGUCUCUCACCUGAGCACCUGUGCCUCUCAGCGGGAAGCUGUCGCCAUGACCUCAUCCAUGGCCCACCACCACCACCCGUUGCACCCGCACCACUGGACGGCUGCCUUCCACCACCUGCCGGCCGCGCUCCUGCAGCAGAGCGGACUUCACUCCUCCGAGGCGGCCCCGUGCAGACUCUCCUCCGAGGUGCCCCCGCACGGCUCAGCCUUCCUCACGGCCACCUUCGCCCACACUGACGCCGCACUUCGGGUCCCCGCCGCUGGCAGUGUCGCUCCCUGCGUCCCACCUCUCUCUACCUCUCUCUUGUCUCUCUCGGCUACUGUUCACGCUGCUGCCGCCGCGGCCACGGCGGCCGCCCAGAGCUUCCCCCUGUCCUUCACGGGAGCCUUCCCCAUGCUGCCCCCCAGCGCUGCUGCUGCUGCCGUGGCGGCCGCCACGGCCAUCAGCCCGCCGCUAGCCGUGGCCGCAACAUCCAGUCCGCCGCAGACCGGCAGCGGAGGGAGUAGCAAACCGUACCGGCCCUGGGGGACUGAAGUCGGAGCUUUCUAAGGCCCCCCAGCCCCUCUCCCGCCCACUUCUGGCUCCCUCCUGUCCCCAAGCACACGUGUGCACGCGCACACACACGCACACACACACACGUGCGCCUCCAUUGGACCGUGCGCGUCUCAGUGUCCUCCCUCUUCAGCCAAGGGCUGUGUGCACACACAUAGCCUUACAGAUGCCCGAAAGCCGAUUAAGGAGCGGUGAAGCUAGUCCCACCUCAGACGUCAAAGAGGACACGGGUGAUAUAUUUGACUCAGUUUGUUUUGCUUAAGACACCUUGAGGGAGCAACAGUGGCUUUCAGCAACAUCUUGCCCAUACCAGCAUUUAGAAGUUUCCUGGGAAAUAUGUAGACACUAGAACUAAUAAUUCUCCAGCUAUGCAUCUUUAUUUGGCAGAGAGCUGAGGGGUGGUACCUACCAAGUCUCCUGAGGCUAGACAAAAAGUUUGAGUUGCAUAAGUGCCUGACAUUUAAAAAAUAAUUUUAAAAAACCCUGUAUAUAUAUGUGUGUUCUGCUAAAACAAAUAACAUUGCACAGGUAUGGAAAUGACAAAGGAGAGAGGGGAAAUCCUGCCUUAAACUUCAGAACUUUGAUAUGUUUCCAGGAAAAAGUGUUACUCUUUAAACGGACAGGUUUACUUAGUCAAAAGAUUGCUGAGAAAGAAUGUUCCAUUUGACAGGCCUAGUUUUCGCUUUCUUAGUUUACUUUCUUUGUACAGACUUGCCAAAUUGUGACAUCUAGCAUAGUAUUGGUAAAAGCAAUUAUCUUAUCAGUGCUUGGACUAAUGAACGUUUCAGCACUGCCUGUGAGUCUUGAGGCACCCUUUUUAUGGCUUAAAUAUGGUGCUAGCUUGUAUCUGUACAAACAAUGAAUUUAUCAUGCACCCAGAAGUAACCACCUAUUUAAAGUGUGCACACUUUGAUAUGAUUGAUUCGUGCCAAUAUAAGAGAUUCAAUGUUGUAAGAGUUCAAAUUAACUUAUUUAGCUGCAUUUGGACAUUUACAUUUGCCGAUUCUGUGCAAGAUCCCUCUUCUUUACUAUCAACUUCUGGGAUAACGAUCUCUCUGGGUAUGAAUGAAGUUACGGUAGGGAUAAUUUUUAAAUUGGCUAUUAACGUGCCAACAUUGUAAUGUGGGUUUGAUUCCAAACCAAAUGAAUGUAUUAAAGGGGAUGUCAGUAAAUUAUUUUGUCAAUACCCAGACAACUAGUGCUGCAUAAAAUGUUUUGCUUUCAUUUUUUAUUACAGUGACUUAAAAUAACCUAAGUAUUUUAAUACAUCAAGACAAGAACUAGAGAUUUUAUGUAAAAAAUAAAAAAUAAAACACAGCAUGUAUUAUUAUGCACUUGAUUUCUCUGCUGUGUGGAGAAAGCAAUAAGCAUUGAGAAUGUUAAACAUUAUGCAAAAUAUACUUUAAAAUAUUUGUUUUAAAAAUACUGUACCUAGUCGGUCUUUUAUGCAUUACUUUGUUAACCUUUUUUCUAUGCAAAAGUCUUUACAUAUCACUAAUUAAACGAAGUCCUUUUUGACUGCG